AUGAGCACUAACUACAUUGACUUAGAAGAUGACUUACUAUCGCAAGAGGAUAACUUUCAAGAUAGCCGAUUUUCUGAUCAAGAAAAUAAGAGACUUGAAGAACCACAAGAUGAAAAUACGCAAACUCCAAACAUUUACACUGAAUUAACAUUUGAAACGUGGGAACAUGUCAAGAAAUGGUUUGAUAUGUUUGCUCUCCAACAAGGAUUUAGCUAUAAGAUCAGAAGAAGUGAAUUGGAUAAUGGCAUCGUUAGAAGACUUACUUAUGAUUGUUCCAAAUCUGGAAAAUAUGAUGCGCAGGUUACAGUAGAUCCAACUAAAUGCCGCAGUACCUCAUCACAAAGAAUUGAAUGCCCUUGGCGAGUUAAUCUCUCAUUUCCUAAAUCUAAACAAGAGUAUAAUGAUAAUAAUGAAAGGCUAGAUAUAGGGUAUAGGGAAUUGGAAUAUGAUGCUUCUCAAAUUCUUUUUAGUUCUUUAAUUGAAGAUGUUUCUGUUGAACAAAUAAUUUAA